AUGGGUGACGAGGAUGAUGCUAUUGGGAAGAGGAAAAAGAAGAAUUCAUCAAAAUACAAUUACAGCUUUGGCGAUGUUCAUCCAGGAUGUGUCAUAGGUCACAAACAAUGCCUGUUCAUAAAACCAGGCUACCCUGUCCCGGCCGGCAUGGGUUGGCUGUGGAACGCUACUGAUGUUCCCGGCAUGAAGCCUCGUCGUGGUUGGCAACCAGGCGUCAUAGGCAAAAGUGUAGCAUCGAAGAUGACUUUUAAAUGCGCCCGAGGAGGGCCAGACAAAGACAAAAACAAGAAAAAGAAAAAGAAGGGAAGCAGGCCAGGAGCAGACGUAGGCGGCGGUGAUUCUGAACCUGAUGAGCCGCUGGAACCCAAGCCAGCUCUUAAAGUUCAGAGGAAAGGCGACGUCUUUACCAUUCAGGUAAAUCCACUGAAAGAUCUGACGGAAAUAUUGCCUAACGAGGAUCCUUACGUUAACUGCGAUCCAAUGGUUUUUAAGAUAAUAAAAAAGAGAAGUCCAGAGGAGCAAGCAAAGGUCGAAGCCCGCAAAAUGGUUAAACUAAAGAAACAAAGAGACGCUGAGAUCAGGAAAGCUUUAGCUGAAGCAGUUGAAGACAUCUGUAAAUGUGCCUAUAUGGAUGUAUUUUGUAAUGAUCUAACGGCUAUAGAUAAAGUGAUAGACAGCUGCCCAGCGUUCAAAGAGCCCGAUUGUAUUUGUCAAGAGGAAUCGCUUAGUUCUUUAUCUAGUAAUGCCACUUGGGAUAUAGAAUAUACUCCACCAUUUGGUUGCUUUGAUUUAGCGCCAAGAAAGAGGAAAAAUUUCAUUCAUGUUGAAACCCAGUACAUACCGGCUGAUGCUGGGAUCGUAGAUCCACCUAAAGCACCUUGCAGAAGGUCAUGCACGUCACUCAGACAUAAAAAGAAGACGUCUAAGAAAAGCACUUGCUGUGGCCCAUGUUUCUGAUCAUGAA